AUGCCAAGAAUAAACCGUGCUUUAAGACAAUCAUACUUCUAUUGCAUAAAAAUCAAAGGUGACGUCCCACAUGAAGAACCUGUGAAAUCGGAGUCGCCACUAUUCGAACCUCGAAGGGAGCAGCCCAUUGAUAUCAUACCUUAUGCUCCAUAUCUGCAAAAACGUCCAAAAACUCGUCAAAUUUCACGUCAUAGUACUCGACGAAUAAGUUGGAGUAGAAAAGAAGAUCGAGUACUCGAAAUUUCGCCGAGAAGUGCGUCGGAGCCAAAAUUAAUAAUCCCUUCAUCCUCUCCAAAAAUUCCAAAGAGGAAACCCGUGCAGAAGGAGAACCGCUAUGAUUAUCAAAAAAAGGUACAAGCAGCGAACAAGAAAACUUCGAAUCUUCGCAAAGUGAAAUCGGAGACGCAUCUGUACAAUAUGCAUAAAGAGCCACUCAUGAAGCAAACCACAGCUGCUCCGAGGCCUUUGACUAGAUCAUCAUCAAUUGGUUCAAUGCUCGAGCAAAGACCGCCUAGUGGGAUUUCAAAUUCUUCAUUCAGCAGAGUUAAAAUAAAAAACACACUUUCAAAACGUUUUACAAUUGAUACGUCACGCGCGAAAUCUAAUCAACCAGUAGUAUCUUUAUGUGCCAGGAAAAUUGGUAUUGUUGAGUACCCAAAUGGUGCCGAGGACAAUCGUCCGUGUGACGUGUAUUGGCACAAUGUAGUCUACAACGAUAUGAACAAAAUCAUAACAUCACCCCAUUCAAAAGUGAACAAGUUCCCAGGAAUGACUGAGCUUGCGCGGAAAAUAUCUCUAACACAUUCAAUAGCAUCUAUGCAAAAAUUAUUUCCGGAUGAAUACGAAUUCUAUCCAAAGUCGUGGUUUCUUCCAGCACAUAUGGAUGAUUUCUAUGCAUAUUAUCAUGGAAGAAUACGGGCAAAUAAAAGUGAAAUGUGGUUCAUUGUUAAACCAGAUGAGGGAGCUCAAGGAACGGGCAUUUAUCUCAUUAAUAAUCCCGAUCAGAUUCGCAAUAUAAAUGUGAAACAGCUUGUGCAGGAAUACAUUGCGAAUCCAAUGUUAAUGGGUGAUCAGCUAAAGUUUGAUUUUAGAGUUUAUGGAGUUAUCAAAAGUAUUAAUCCAUUAUCGAUAUAUGUGGCAAGAGAAGGAAUGGCUCGAUUCUGUACUGAAAAAUACGAAAAACCAGAUUCGUCUAAUUUCAAAAAUUUAUACGCACAUUUAACAAAUUAUUCACUUAAUAAGGCAAACAACUCAUACGUUCAUAGCAACACCCUACAGGAUCAAGUCAAAGGUAGCAAAAGAUUGUUGUCAACAGUAUUCCACCAGCUUGAAUCAAGAGGUGUCAAAACAAAAAAGUUGUGGCACGACAUUAAGCUAAUAUUAGUGAAGACGACAUUGGCAAUGCUGCCUGAAAUAAUGCUUCAUUAUGAGCAUCACUUUUUCGAUUCUGUUGGUCCCCAAUGCUUCCAGAUUAUGGGAUUUGACGUAAUGAUUCGAGCCGAUGGGAAGCCAAUCCUAUUAGAGGUCAACGCCGCACCAUCCCUCACAGCGGACCAUAUGGUCCCUUUUCCAGGAAAAACUUUAUCCGAUGGCGGCCAACGUGUCAGAAGCGUUGUUGACGAGGUUAUCAAAGUUCCUUUGGUACGUGACACACUACUAUUAGUUCUUGGACUUUUAGAUGAGGAAUAUUCUGAAAAAAGUGUUGAAACUAAGUCGAUGGAUGAUUUUCAUACUAUUGCAAGUAAAAGAAAGCCUCAUUUAAGCGAAAUUUUCCCUACUCGUUAUGGAGCACAUAGCGGACAUUUACUGUUCCUGGACAAGGCGAUGUAUAUUUAUAUGCAAUUUGUGCAGCUUAAAAAUAAUGUAAAUAUCACAAAUGCUGGUAUGAAACAAUUUGUGAGGAAAUGCAAUUUGAUAGACAUUAUUCCAAUCCAAGAGGUCGAUUCUAAAAUUGCCGAGAUAGAUUACUAUUUUACUGGUGAUAAGCAGACUAGCUCCAAUGGUCUGCCCUUUCAUGCAUUCUUGAUGUUUUUAUUCUAUGUUGCCGAUCGAAAGUUUAAACUUGAAACGGACACAUUAUCCAAAGUUCAACGGUUACUCUCCUUCUGUGACAUGAGCUUAAGACAUUAUGGCGUGCGAUCGGCGAGAUUAAGACGAGCUGAAAUUGAUUCUUCAAAAAAUGGCGCUGGGAAUAUCGAAAUAUACAUGCUGCCAAAUCGAAUUCACCAAAAGACACGUAAUUCAAAGCCGAACAGGAAGCCGUUCAGCAUAGAUGCGAACAACAAUCCGAAUCAUCUCCCCAGGAUUUCUGAGAAACCUUGA